CCUAAACAACAUGGUAUUAGACCGAACAAACAAGCACCACACAGUAAAAUAGUAGUUAUUUCUUAUCAAGCAGGAUUGUUUGUGAACAUGCCUCUGUUUGUGACACUGUUGCUUAUUUGCACAAUUGAUUGGACCCGAAGUAGAGAAAUUCCUGUCAGUCCAGAGAUUAUCAGUCGAGAACUUCUUAACGAUCCAACUAAUCCAGUCGAAUCCGCUUUGGAUCAAAGGCAGUAUCCAACAUAUCCCAUGCCUAUAGGCAUCACCUUAAGUGUCUUCAAUGUCAAAAAGUACAAUAAUUUCUGCAGUUUCUGCUUUUAUAUUUCGCAAAUUACUUAUCAUACCCCUUGUGUAGAAGCAAGAUUUGAGAACUCAAGAGUCAAUUACAAAAUAUCAGAAGAAUCUCACGUCUUAGUACAGUCAUCAAUAAAUCAAGGAACUUUAGCGCUGGCUAACUGCUACAACGUAAAGAUGGAUACGAACACAGUCCACGCGUGUGUCACCUGGAGAGAUAUAAAAUGGUCUAAAAUGAAAGUUAGUUUGUGCUUGUAUGCUCUACUUACUUACAGUGAUGGAAGUAAGAAAUAUGUAAAAAUACAAUGCUGCGAGCUAAUGAAACAAAAUAAUCAUCCGACAAUUCUUCCUACCACUUUUCCCACCUCCUCAGUGUCUUCGACAACAGUUAUACCUACCAAUGUUCCUUCUACUACAAUUAUUCCCCCUGCCGUAGACACUACCACUACAACAACAUUUUCUAAUACAAUUACUCCCACUAUAAUUUUAUCUACUACAGGUUCUCCAACUACAAUGUCUCCUAUCACAAUUCAAACUACCACGGUUUCUCCUGCCAUUGUUCCUUCAAGUACAGUUUCACCUACUACUGGUUUUCAUACUACAAUUAUACCUACAACAGUUUCUCCAGAAACUGGAUCUCCUAGUACAGUCUCUCCAACUACAUCGCGGUUGACUACAGCUCAAUCUACCACACUUUUACCUAUCACAGUUUCUCCAGAAACUGGAUCUCCUAGUACAGUCUCUCCAACUACAGCGCGGUUGACUACAGUUCAAUCUACCACACUUUUACCUACCACAGUUUCUCCAGAAACUGGAGCUCCUAGUACAGUCUCUCGAAACACAGCGCGUUUGACUACGGUUCAAUCUACCAUACUUUUCCCUACCACAGUUUCUCCAGAAACUGGAUCUCCUAGUACGGUCUCUCCAACCACAUCGCGGUUGACUACAGCUCAAUCUACCACACUUUUACCUAUCACAGUUUCUCCAGAAAAUGGAUCUCCUAGUACAGACCUUCCAACCACAGCGCGUUUGACUACAGUUCAAUCUACCACACCUUCCUCUACCACAGUUUCUCCAGAAACUGGAUCUCCUAGUACAGUCUCUCCAACCACAGCGCGGUUGACUACAGUUCAAUCUACCACACCUUCCUCUACCACAGUUUCUCCAGAAACUGGAUCUCCUAGUACAGUCUCUCCAACCACAGCGCGGUUGACUACAGCUCAAUCUACCACACUUUUACCUACCACAGUUUCUCCAGAAACUGGAGCUCCUAGUACAGUCUCUCGAAACACAGCGCGUUUGACUACAGUUCAAUCUACCAUACUUUUCCCUACCACAGUUUCUCCAGAAACUGAAUCUCCUAGUACAGACACUGCAACCACAUCGCGUUUGACUACAGUUCAAUCUACCACACUUUCCUCUACCACAGUUUCUCCAGAAACUGGAUCUCCUAGUACAGUCUCUCCAACCACAGCGCGUUUGACUACAGUUCAAUCUACCACACUUUCCCCUACCACAGUUUCUCCAGAAACUGGAUCUCCUAGUACAGUCUCUCCAACCACAGCGCGUUUGACUACAGUUCAAUCUACCACACCUUCCUCUACCACAGUUUCUCCAGAAACUGGAUCUCCUAGUACAGUCUCUCCAACCACAGCGCGUUUGACUACAGUUCAAUCUACCACACUUUUACCUAUCACAGUUUCUCCAGAAACUGGAUCUCCUAGUACAGUCUCUCGAAACACAGCGCGUUUGACUACAGUUCAAUCUACCAUACUUUUCCCUACAACAGUUUCUCCAGAAACUGGAUCUCCUAGUACAGUCUCUCCAACCACAGCGCGGUUGACUACAGUUCAAUCUACCACACUUUUACCUAUCACAGUUUCUCCAGAAACUGGAUCUCCUAGUACAGUCUCUCCAACCACAGCGCGGUUGACUACAGUUCAAUCUACCACACUUUUACCUACCACAGUUUCUCCAGAAACUGGAGCUCCUAGUACAGUCUCUCGAAACACAGCGCGUUUGACUACAGUUCAAUCUACCAUACUUUUCCCUACCACAGUUUCUCCAGAAACUGAAUCUCCUAGUACAGACACUGCAACCACAUCGCGUUUGACUACAGUUCAAUCUACCACACUUUCCCCUACCACAGUUUCUCCAGAAACUGGAUCUCCUAGUACAGUCCCUCCAACCACAGCGCGUUUGACUACAGUUCAAUCUACCACACCUUCCUCUACCACAGUUUCUCCAGAAACUGGAUCUCCUAGUACAGUCUCUCCAACCACAGCGCGGUUGACUACAGUUCAAUCUACCACACCUUCCUCUACCACAGUUUCUCCAGAAACUGGAUCUCUUAGUACAGUCUCUCCAACCACAGCGCGGUUGACUACAGUUCAAUCUACCACACUUUCCCCUAUCACAGUUUCUCCAGAAACUGGAUCUCCUAGUACAGUCUCUCGAAACACAGCGCGUUUGACUACAGUUCAAUCUACCAUACUUUUCCCUACAACAGUUUCUCCAGAAACUGGAUCUCCUAGUACAGUCUCUCCAACCACAGCGCGGUUGACUACAGUUCAAUCUACCACACUUUUACCUACCACAGUUUCUCCAGAAACUGGAUCUCCUAGUACAGUCUCUCCAACCACAGCGCGUUUGACUACAGUUCAAUCUACCACACUUUUCCCUACCACAGUUUCUCCAGAAACUGAAUCUCCUAGUACAGACACUGCAACCACAUCGCGUUUGACUACAGUUCAAUCUACCACACUUUCCCCUACCACAGUUUCUCCAGAAACUGGAUCUCCUAGUACUGUCUCUCCAACCACAGCGAGUUUGACUACAGUUCAACCUGCCACACUUUCCCCUACCACAGAUUCUCCAGAAACUGGAUCUCCUAGUACAGUCUCUCCAACCACAGCGCAUUUGACUACAUUUCAAUUUACCACAGUUUCUCCAGAAACUUCAUUUCCUAGUACAGUCUCUCAAACCACAGCGCGUUUUACUACAGUUCAACCUGCCACACUUUCCCCUACCACAGAUUCUCCAGAAACUGGAUCUCCUAGUACAGUCUCUCCAACCUCAGCGCGUUUGAGUACAGACCAAUUUACCAUACUUUCCCCUACCACAGUUUCUCCAGAAACUGGAUCUCCUAGUACAGUCUCUCCAACCACAGCGAGUUUGACUACAUUUCAAUCUACCAUACUUUCCCCUACCACAGUGUCUCAAGUUACAUCUACCUCAAAAAUAGUAUACCUUAAUGAUUCUGUAACAGAAGCACAAGUUGGGACAUCACCCAGUACCAGGGAUCCAGAACCAACUACCAUUUUUCCAUCUUCUAUAUUUCCACACACUACAGUUCCUCCUACUUCAGUUCAAUCUACCCAUAGUCCAUGUACCACAGUUCCUCAGGUUACGUCUACCACACAAAUGCCACAUAUAAAUGAUUCUGUAACAGAAGCACAAGUUGGGACAUCACCCAGUACAAGUGAUUCAGAACCAACUACCAUUUUUCCAUCUUCUAUAUUUCCACACACUACAGUUCCUCCUACUUCAGUUCAAUCUACCCAUAGUCCAUGUACCACAGUUCCUCAGGUUACGUCUACCACACAAAAGCCACAUCUAAAUGAUUCUGUAACAGAACAGCCAGUACUGGUUACUCCUGAUACUGAUAAUCCAUGUUGUCCCAUCAUAAUUAUUGUUAUACCUCGUGGUAAAUAAACGCCUUUUCUUCUCUCCAACACGAUAAACGUUUAGCUCUUUAUAAUGUUUAAGUAAAACGAAUUUUUUAUUAUAAUUAAUCUAGCUAUUAAAAGACCACAAACCAAUAUUACAAAAACGUUCCCUACUGAAAUCGUAAACUUAAUGAUCAAACUACGGAAAACCGGAUACGGAAUUACUUCUGGUGUUCUAAAGAAAUGAACAUAAAAUAUAAUGUAAGAGCUGCAAAAUAUCAUGUCAAAAUGGUAAAAUUGUACCAAUCUACAAUAGCAAAACUUCCAGGAAUAGGCCAGUAAACAAUACUAUAGAUAGUCCGUUAUACUAUGAUUAACGCCGGGUUAAAAUCUAGAAGCUAAGAUAUUUUACUUAAUCAAAAUAUCAAAAUGACACCUAGCAACCAACAAGAGACUUCACCUGACUAACAGACGAGAGCCUCGAUCUAAUGGUCCUUCAAAAAAAUCACAUCAGAAUGAAAUAAAUCUUAACAGAAGUUUUAUCUGCCAAAUAUACUAAAUAAAGAACAUCAUUUGAACAUUUGAAACUACACAUCAAUCUAAAGUACACAUUUUAUCUCUUUUUAUUCUUCGUAACUACAGGUUGCAUUAUUCUUCUUAAAGUAUAACUAUAUAACAUUUAAUAAACUGUAACCUUUGAUAUAAUUAUUCAAACGUAUUGUACUAAGUAACGAGUAAGAGUUCCUUUGCUUUUUCGUUUUAUUCUAUCAAUCGGCAUCAGACGGGCCGAUACAAAUAAUGUUAUUCGUUAGGUCAAAACGUUUAAUAAAUUGUUCGAAAAUA